AUGAGCCAGGAAACUCUGAUCAUCUACUCCAUCCGCUCAGAAGAGGACGAGGAGGAGGAUGAGGAGGAGGAGGAAGAGGAGGAGGAUGAGGAGGAGGAGGAAGACGAUGAAGAAGAGGAGGAAGAUGACGAGGAGGGAGAGGAGCACGACCAUGUGUCGGAGGGCUCGGGAGUCACGGACGACUCGGAGAACUGGGACAUGACGCGGGGGAACCUGGGGCUGCUGGAGCAGGCCAUCGCCCUGAAGGCCGAGGAGGUGCAGGAAAGCCACAGCUCCAUGGACUACCAGCCCUACAGCGGCGCCGGCAAGAGCCCCGACGCCGCCGCCGCCGCCAUGCGGCGCUCCGCCCACCACAGCAAAGAGAAGAAAGAGGUGAAGUGUCCCACCCCCGGGUGUGACGGGACGGGUCAUGUGACCGGGCUGUACCCUCACCACCGCAGCCUGUCCGGGUGUCCUCAUAAAGACCGGAUCCCUCCAGAGAUUCUGGCCAUGCAUGAGAACGUCCUGAAGUGUCCCACUCCCGGCUGCACCGGCCAGGGCCACGUCAACAGCAACCGCAACACACACCGCAGCCUCUCCGGCUGCCCCAUCGCCGCAGCAGCCAAGCUGAACAAGAGUCAGGACAAACAGGUCCACCUGCAGGCGGCAGCCAGCGAGCCUUCUUCCAACUCCGACCGAGUGCUCAGGCCCAUGUGCUUCGUGAAGCAGCUGGAGAUCCCUCAGUACGGCAGCUACCGGCCCAACACCGUGACCACCACGCCCCGGGCCAACCUGGCCAAGGAGCUGGAGAAGUACUCCAAGGUGUCCUUCGACUAUGCAAGCUUCGAUGUCCAGGUGUUCGGGAAGCGAAUGCUGAUCCCCAAAACCCCCAGCACAGCCGAAACCUCACCCAAAGCCUUCAAAUCAAAAUCAUUCCCCAAGUCGUCCUCGCCCAGUCACAGCGCGUCCACCGGCUUCUCCAAGACCUCGUCCUCCAGCGGCGCCUACGACUACAGUCAGGAUGCCGAAGCCGCCCACAUGGCGGCGACCGCCAUCCUCAACCUGUCCACACGCUGCUGGGAGCGGCCCGAGACGCUCAGUACCAAGCCGGCCGAGGCCUGCUCCAAGGAGUCGGACAUCGAGGUGGACGAGAACGGCACCUUAGAUCUCAGCAUGAAGAAGACCAAACGAGACGGCAUGCAGUCUCCGGAGCCUUCGUCAUCCUCGUCUUCCUCAUCUCAGCACGUGGGAGCCGCCGUGUCUCAGGGCCAGUGGGAGGGGCCUCAGCCGGAGUGGGAGGGGCCACUGGACUUCACCAAACCCAGCGGAGUCAAAGAGGAGGACCACGAAGAGGCGGAGUAUGCAGCGCCGUCCUACACGUCCUCCGACAUGGAGGACGACGACCAGGACAACCUGGAGGACAGGAAGUACCCGGGAGAGGUCACCACCAGCAGCUUCAAGGUCAAGUUUCAGCCCAAAGACAGCAAAAAAGACAUCCUGGUGUGUCCGACCCCCGGCUGUGACGGCAGUGGACACAUCACUGGAAACUACGCUUCACAUCGGAGUCUGUCAGGCUGUCCUCUUGCUGAUAAGUCUCUGCGGACCCUCAUGGCUGCCCACACAGCUGAGCUAAAGUGUCCCACGCCAGGCUGCGAUGGAUCGGGUCACAUCACUGGAAACUACGCCUCUCACAGAAGUCUGUCCGGGUGUCCUCGAGCCAAGAAAGGUGGGAUCAAAUCCACGCCGACCAAGGACGACAAGGAAGACUCAGAGCUGCUGAGGUGCCCUGUUCCGGGCUGCGACAGUCUGGGCCACAUCAGUGGGAAGUACGCCACCCACCGCAGUGCCUACGGCUGUCCGCUGGCGGCUCGCCGUCAAAAGGAGGGACUCCUCAAUGGGACGCCAUUCUCCUGGAAGGCCUUCAAGACCGAGGGUCCCACCUGCCCCACCCCGGGCUGCGACGGCUCCGGCCACGCCAACGGCAGCUUCCUGACCCACCGCAGCCUGUCAGGUUGUCCCAGAGCGUCGGCCAACAAGAAGAGAGCCAAACUCCCCGGAGAUGAGUACAUCGCAGCCAAGUUCAGAGCCAGCGACGUCCUGGACAAUGACGAGGAGAUCAAGCAGCUGAAUAAGGAGAUCAACGAGCUCAACGAGUCCAACUGUGAGAUGGAGGCAGACAUGAUGAACCUCCACACCCAGAUUUCAUCCAUGGAGAAGAACCUGAAGAACAUGGAGGAGGAGAACAAGCAGAUUGAGGAGAAGAACGAGGCCUUGUUCCUGGAGCUCUCGGGCCUCAGUCAGGCUCUGAUCCGCAGCUUGGCCAACGUCCGCCUGCCCACCAUGGAGCCGCUCUCCGAGCAGAACCUGGACAGUUACCUGGACACGCUGACCCACAUGUUUACUAAUAAAGACUGCUACCAGAACCCGGAGAACCGGGCUCUGCUGGAGUCCAUCAACCAGGCGGUGAAGGGCAUCGAGGUGUGA